UCAAAUUUGUAUCCAUUUAAUUAACACGUUAAACCGGUCAAACUCGGUUGCUCUAAAUUUCCCGGGAAAAAGCCAAAACCAACAAAAGUUUCUAGAAUGACGAUUUUACCCUUACUAUUGCUCUUCUUCGUCCUCACCUCAAUACCCUUAUCUGUAUUUUCACAAAUCAACGACCAGUCAACGCUUCUGAACCUGAAAAGCGUUCUCGGCGACCCACCGUCUCUCCGGCUAUGGAACGACACAUCUUCACCGUGCAACUGGCCGUGUAUCACUUGCACCGCCGGAAACGUCACCGAGAUUAACUUCCAGAACCAGAACUUCACCGGGACAGUUCCGACGAAGAUUUGCGAUUUCCCGAAUCUCAAAUCCCUAGAUUUGUCUUUUAAUCUCUUCUCCGGCGAGUUUCCGACGGUUCUUUACAACUGCACGAAGCUGAAGUAUCUCGAUCUCUCUCAGAACUACUUCAACGGCUCACUUCCCGAAGACAUCAACUGUCUCUCGCCGGAACUCGAGCAUCUUGAUCUCGCGGCUAACUCCUUCGCCGGAGAUAUCCCAAAGAACAUCGGACGGAUCUCGAAGCUUAAGGUAUUGAAUCUGUACCAGAGCGAAUACGACGGUACGUUUCCGUCGGAGAUUGGAGACUUGUCGGAGCUCGAAGAACUUAAAUUAGCGUUAAACGAUAAGUUUACUCCGGCGAAGCUUCCGACGGAGUAUGGGAAAUUGAAGAAACUCAAGUACAUGUGGCUAUCGGAGAUGAAUCUGAUCGGAGAAAUCUCAGCCGUUGUUUUCGAAAACAUGACGGAUCUUAUUCACGUUGAUUUAUCGGUUAACAAUUUAACGGGUCGGAUCCCAGAUGAUUUAUUCGGGUUGAAGAAUCUCACCGAGCUUUAUCUCUACGCUAAUCAUUUCACCGGAGAAAUCCCCAAAUCUAUCUCGGCGGUUAACAUGGUAAAGCUUGAUCUCUCUGCUAAUAAUUUAACCGGUUCGAUUCCGGUUUCAAUCGGGAAUCUAAAGAAAUUAGAGGUUUUGAACUUGUUUUAUAACGAGUUAACCGGAGAAAUCCCGCCGGUUAUCGGGAAAUUACCGGAAUUGAAGGAGCUUAUGAUCUUCACCAACAAGUUAACCGGAGAAAUACCGGCGGAUAUUGGGUUUAAUUCGAAGCUGGAGCAGUUCAAAGUUUCGCAGAAUCAGUUAACCGGGAAAUUACCGGAGAAUUUGUGUAACGGAGGUAAGCUUCUAGGUGUGGUGGUGUACUCGAACAAUCUCACCGGAGAAAUCCCUAAGUCGCUCGGAGACUGUACGACGCUCUUUACGUUUCAGUUACAGAACAAUGGCUUCUCCGGUUCAAUAGAUAUUUCUAACUACAAAAUCAAAGGUCAAGCUCCUAGCUGGUUAUGGAUGCUACCAAAUCUGGCGUACGUGAAUCUUUCCAACAACACUUUCAAUGGAAAGAUUCCAUCUUUCAUAUGUGUGUUGCGCUCUCUAAUCCUUCUUGAUUUAUCUACCAACCAAUUCAAUGGUUCAAUCCCUCGUUGCAUAGGAAACUUAAGUACUCUUGAAGUUUUAAAUCUUAGAAAGAAUCGUCUUAGUGGAAGUGUUCCAGAGAAUAUAUCUACAAGUGUAAUAUCGCUUGACAUUGGUCAUAACCAACUAGUGGGAAAGCUUCCAAGAUCUUUGGUCCGUAUCUCUUCUCUUGAAGUUCUCAAUGUGGAAAGCAACAAAAUCAAUGAUACGUUCCCUUUUUGGUUGGGUUCUCUUCAAGAACUACAAGUUCUUGUCCUUCGCUCCAAUGCAUUCCAUGGAUCGAUACAUCAAACCGGGUUUUCUAAGUUGCGAAUCAUCGACAUAUCUGGUAAUCACUUUAAUGGAACUUUGUCACUAUAUUUUUUUGUCAAUUGGACUGCAAUGUUCUCACUUGGAAAAACCGAAGAGCAGUACAUGGGGACAAACUAUUACAGUGAUUCAAUAGUCGUGAUGAAUAAAGGCAUAAAAAUGGAGAUGGUACGUAUCCUAAAAAUCUUUACAACAAUUGAUUUUUCUGGAAACAAAUUUGAAGGAGAGAUUCCAAAGUCCAUUGGUCUACUGAAAGAGCUUCAUGUGCUCAACUUGUCGAACAAUGGUUUCAUUGGCCGCAUCCCAUCAUCAAUGGGAAACCUGAAAGAGCUCGAAUCAUUAGAUAUUUCUCAAAACAAGCUUUCAGGAGAAAUUCCACAAGAGCUAGGGAACCUCUCAUACCUAGCGGUCAUGAACUUCUCUCAUAACCAAUUUGUAGGUUUACUACCAGGGGGCACUCAGUUUCAAACACAGCUUUGCUCUUCUUUCGCGGACAACCCGAGACUCUUUGGCCCUUCACUUAAAGAAAUUUGUGUAGAUAUCCAUGAGAAAACAUCACAACAGUCCAAAAUGCCAGAGCCUGAAGAAGGUAAAGAAGAGGUGAUAAAUUGGACAGCAGCUGCUGUUGGAUACAUAUCUGGUCUUGUCUUUGGAUUGAUGAUGGGAUACAUUUUGGUUUCUUACAAACCAAAGUGGCUCAUGACUCCUAUCCGAAACAUACGCACAAGCACCACAAACGCAUUAGAGUUAGAGACGUAAUGUUUUGAACUGACGGAAGAGCAAACGAGGAGAACAGUACAAUCUGGUUUGAGCACACCAGGUUUGUGAAUUUUCAUGUCUUUAUGAAACCAGACUUUUUCAGCUUUUCGCUCAUUGUUAUGUUACCCAAAUAAUUAUAUAUGUAAGUACUCAAUUUGAAAAGAUGGAGUAUAUUUAUUA